AUGAUAUAUUUAAAGUCAAUCCUAAAAGUUAUUGAUAAUUCGGGUGCUCAGCUUGGGGAAUGUAUUAAAGUAAUGAAAAAAGGAUCUCCUAAAUCACCGGCUAAAAUAGGCGAUAGAAUAAUUUGUGUUAUCCAAAAGGCCAGACCAUUAACACAGAGUAUUACCGGUCAAUCUAACACAAACCGUGUUAAAAGGGGUGAUAUAGUUCAUGCUAUUGUGGUUCGUACCAAACAAACUAAUAUGAUUAGACCAGAUGGUAGUACUGUUAGUUUUGGUGAUAAUGCUUGUGUUUUGAUUAAUAAAAGCAACGGCGAGCCUUUAGGUACUAGAAUUGCUGCCAAUGAUGGGAUUGUAGGUAGAGAAUUAAGAGAUAAGGGAUAUACAAAGAUUUGUUCUUUAGCAAGUAAAGUCAUCUAA